AUGGAUGAUAUUAGUCGAUAUGUGGCUGAUGAGGACGAUUUAGCGUUUGAAUACGAAUUGCAACGGACUCCGCAGAGUGUAGUUACAUGGAGAAGGUACUUGGAUAGCUGGAAGGAGGAUGGGAGACCUGAUAGCCAUAUUGUUUGGCUUUACGAACGGUUCUGUCGCCAGUUUCAAAGUGAUAUGGAAAUUUGGGAGGAUUAUAUACAGUGGUUGCUCCAAAGAUGUGGGAAAAGUGUGGAAUAUACAGAUAUUAUGGAACUAUUCAUACGAAGCCUAUCUUAUUGUGCUAAGAAUUGUGAAGACUUGUGCAUAAUGUUUUUGGAGUUUGCAAUAGGUCAAUUGGAUCUGAAAUAUAUCAGGAUGGCAUUCGACAUUUCGCUCAAGAGACUUCCGAGAGACGGUCAUGGGCGUGUUUGGGAGAAAGUACUGCGAUUCAUUGACGAGACUUUGUCCCCAUUGACUCGCAAUGAGGAAACGGAAUAUGAUGAUAUUUUCGAGGAAUUGAGUAUCCUCAUUUACAAAGGACUAUUUGAAAAAACUGAUGAGGGGAAUCAUGAAUUAGAUCUGUGGACAUCGCUUAUCCUGAAGAGAUACUUGGAUGUAUGUCCAAGCGAACAGAGACCCUUGAAUGUGAUUCGAAUAGCACAAACGGGUGAUCAUGACUUUCUCUAUACAGCAUACCGCAAGUUUUAUGGCAAUGGACCUCAGUCAACGCUCCCGUACUCUACUAAUCUCCUGUACCUUGAGUCAUUGGAAUCCCUGAAUAAAAGAGAAGCGUACGAACAAUUUAUCACCGAGUUGGCCGGAGUAUUCCCUGAGAACUGGGUCGAAUUGAAAGUAACACUUGUCAAAUUCUACAUCAAGUCAGCGCAACACGAUAAGAUAGUUCACGUGUUGGAAGAUUCUUUGGCCAGGACUCAGAGUGUCCAGGAAUUUUCUGUGCUCUAUAGCACAUACCUGAACUAUGAGAAAGCAUUUAUCGACAUCGUUCUGCAGGAGUUAAAAAAUAACUCACAAGUCAUCGGUGAUUGGGAACAGCAAGUUGAAAGUCAUCUGAGUCGGCUUCAAGGUCUUAUUGAGUCGUAUGAGAUACGGCUCAAUGAUAUUAAGAUCAGGAGAAAUCCCAAUUUGGUUAGCAAUUGGUCGGAGAGAGCGACUCUGUUUCCCGCGGCUGCUGGAAAGUGUGAUGUAUACUCGCACGCUAUACUGACCAUCGAUCCUUAUAGAGUUAACAUUCCCGGUUCUCUCGGCAAGCUAUGGUGUGCUUACGCGGAGCUUUAUUGGGAAGCAGGAGAUUUCGAUAGUGCUCGCGAAGUUUAUGAUCGAGGACUCAGAGUACCUUAUCCAUACCUACAAGACCUUGAGGAGCUAUGGACAACAUGGGCUGAACAUGAAUUGGAAAGCUUUUCAAUAGAAUUUGCCAUUAAGCUGAUGGAAGACGCUUUGCAAGUUCCUGAGAAUCCUGAGCUAUUAGUGGAUAGAUUCAAAGAAGGAGACAAGAAAGUACCCGCGCAGGCUGUGGUUUUCACCUCUUUGAAACUCUGGUUGUUAUACUUGGAUUUUACAGAGUCUCUUUCUUAUGAUUCUUCAGAGUACACCGAAAAGACCAUUGCACUUUAUGAACAAAUGAUUGCGUUAAAGGUGGCGACACCGAUGGUGUUCAUAAACUACGCACAUUUCUUGCAAGAACAUAGGGAAGAGCUUUCUAGUUUCCAAGUUUACGAACGUGCAAUUGGAACUUUCCCACCAGAAACACAACUUGAGAUAUGGGAUCUGUACUUGACAGAAGGGACCGCUGAAGACAGUCCCCUUGCAAAAGAGCAAAUCAGAGAUUUGUUCGAUCAGGCACUAGAGAACUUGACCAAUGGAAGAAUUGAUUGUAAAACUAUUUUCCUUUUGUACAGUGAUUUUGAGGAGCAAUGUGGUCUGCUAAAUAGAUGUUGUGAAAUCCUCUUGCAAGGCGCCAGAAAGACAGCCAAUCUGGAAGACAAGAUAACCUUGUGGCAAAUGUGCAUCUCUAAAGCAAAAGCACUGUUGGGUAACGAAGAAUCACGGAAAUUGUAUGAAGAAUGCAUCCAAUCUUUACCUAAUUCUCAAGUAAUGAAAUUCGUUGUGGACUUUGCAAGAACAGAAGCGGUUCUUGGGGAAAUCGAGAGAGCAAGAGAACUCUUCAAAUACGGUGCCCAGCUCCUACCACCAGGAAGGAAUGGUCUUCUAUGGGAAAAAUGGGACGAGUUUGAAGUAAGAAAUGGUAAUAAGGAGAGCUACAAGGACAUGUUGAAACUCAAAAGAAAAUUGGAGAAGGAAAUGCGGAUUGAGACCGAAGCUGAAAGUCAAUUGGAAGGUAAUAUUGCCUUUGUUGCCGCUUCAAAACAGAACGUUGUUAAUCCGGAAGAAAUAGAGUUGAAUAUAUAG